AUGGCAGGCUCGAACUUCAACACCAUCUACAACGCCCCCGAGUUUACCCACGAACACCAGCGCGCGUACGAAAAGAUGUUCUACGGCAUGAACUCCGAGUUCGCAAACAUCCAAGACGGCUACCUGGACAAGGACUACGACCGCCCAGUCGUCUUCGGCAACGGCAACAAUGAACAGCUCGCCUUUGCGCCCCAGGGCAACUUUGAGGAGCGCGACCUCAACUACAAGGCCGUUGACGCCUACGCUCGCGCUACUAGGAAGUCGUGGGGUCGUCGAUUCACACAGCCGCUUCUUAGCUUUCCGUCUCGUGUUGCCUCUAUUGCCAUCCCUGCCGCAAGCUACCUAGGCUCCGUUGCGGGCAAGCCUACUCAGAUCAAGCCUGUUCUGGGCAAGCGUCGUCGUUGCGUUUGCGGUGAUUGCGACGAUUGCACCACAGGCAAAGAGCGCUGGGUGCCUCUCGGUCCCGUUGGCCAACCUGCUAACAACGUCACCAACCCCAACAUCCACGACUACGUGCGUCCCCCUCGCAAGUUGCGCUUCGGGGGCUGGUUCCAGGGAAAGGAGGACAACUCGUGGACCGUGGACCCGCGCACCGGCCAUCGCAUCCCAGCUUAGGUGCAGCCCCUACCACCAGA